GAGGAGGAGAUAAGAGCAGUAAAAGUGUGCAUGAGAGAGAGGGGACAGGUGGAGAGAGACACACAGCGAGCCUCACUUUACCUGUCGGGCAGGUGAGAGAAGCUGGCCAGGAGCGAGGCCAGGCUGGAUCCGCAGUAUGCAGAGGGAGUCCCCUCACCUGGGAAGAUGUACGUGAGCUACCUGCAGCUGGACAAGGACCCCACCAUGUACCCGCACCAGAACCCGGGGGCCCGCCACGGGGGCCUCGGCCUCAGCCCGCAGGGCUUCCCGGGCCCGCCACAGUACUCGGACUUCUCCGGGUACCACCCGCACCACCCGCACCACCCGCACCACGGCCUCGGCACCGACUCCAUGUCGGCGCAGCAGGGCGGUGCGGGUCCAGGCGGGUGGAGCUCGGCCUACCCGCCGCCUCCUCCGCCUCCUCCGCCCGCCCGGGACGACUGGUCGUCGCACCACUACGCGGCGGUGGCUGCCGCGGCCGGGGGCCCCGCGUCCUCUGCGGUGGGCCCCGCGCUGGGGUUCAGCCCCCCGGACUUCAGCGGACAGUCCGGGCUGCUGACCGCGUCCAUGAACGCGUCUGCGGGGCAGCUGUGCCCCGGAUCCCCGCAGAGGAGGAACCACUUCGACUGGAUGCGACGCAGCUCUGCGCCACCCUCCAACCCAAACGGAAAGACGAGGACUAAAGACAAGUACCGCGUGGUUUACACCGACCACCAGCGCUUAGAGCUGGAGAAGGAGUUCCACUACAGCAAGUACAUCACCAUACGGAGGAAGGCGGAGCUCGCCACAACCCUGGGCCUCUCGGAGAGACAGGUGAAGAUCUGGUUCCAGAACCGCCGAGCCAAGGAGCGCAAGAUCAACAAGAAGAAGCUUCAGCAGCCGGCCUCCUCCACCACCACGGCCACGCCUCCCGGCGGCAGCAAUGGCGGCGGCGGGCUGGUCGGCAGCGGUGUCCUACUCCACGGAAACGGCGGGAGCAGCGUUGCCAUGGUGACGAGCAGCAGUGGCAACGGGAUGGUUUCCCCGUCCUCCCUGCCUCUGAACAUCAAGGAGGAGUACUGAGGGAUGUUUGGUUUGGACGCUGAUCUCGUCGAUCUCGGACUCAAAGUCCCCCCCCCCCCGACCCGCAUCCUCCUUCAACCUCCCCAAAAAGAACUGAGAAACUUUUCCCACACCUCAGACUGAUCGGACCAAACUCUCACUGAGCCACGAGUUGGGAUAUGAAAAAAAACUAAUAUUGUCCGCUCAACUUUAAUCUCCUUAAGAUCCCAGAAUGACCUAAAUAUAUAUAUAUAUAUAUAUAUAUAUAUAUAUAUAUGCAAAAUUUAAUAGAUGAAGAUGAAGAAGAUAUAAGAUGCUGUGAGACAGUGUGUAAAACUUGUUAGUUCUUUAACUCUAAAGCUACUUAAAGACAACAGGAUUAUCAGGGUGAAUCCGAUUUCCAGAUGUUUGUGUUUUGUUUGAUAAUGAUGUAUUUUUAAAAAUCUUUAAAACCCCACUCAUCCUGCUUCUCUAAGAAGAAUCGUCUGCACCCAUCAAGGCUGACCAUGUCCUUUUGAUUGGGAAGAAACUUCAAAGGACCAACUGAAAUUAACCUCCAAUUAACCUCUGACCACCAAUUUGAAUAAGUUGUGAUGGCUACAAUGAGGUUUCACAGUAGGUGAAGUAGUAACGUUAAAAAGCAUGUAGCCCCGGCCUAAAGCGUCCUCUGCUUCAUGGUCUGUUUGACUCUAAAUGGACCAUCAUUCACUAAAUGAACAUCAUGUUCUAUUGAAGACGACUUGAAACUAGAGACUGAGACCAUAAACUCAUGUUUACAAUGUUUACUGAGGGAAUAAAUCAAGAGAGAAGUAGAGUCAUUUCCUCAUAGACGUCUAUGGGAGCAGAGGAGUCGCCCCCUGCUGGUCACUACACAGAAGUAGAGUCCUUUCCUCAUAGACGU